UUAAGAUCAGUGCAAUGACUGUCAAGUUUCCUAAACGAAAUGGCAAACCCGAAAAGAAUAAGGCACAAAUGCUAGCCAAGUCCCGAACCUACCGCAUCGAUGUGAAAGCUCUUCGUGGGGAUCUACGGCGUCAAGAGAAGGAAUUAUGUGAAGAACUGCUGCGCCUGGAGGAGAUACGUAAAGAGCAUAAAGCAAAAGAAAACGCCGGCUGGUAUACCGGGCAAUCUCUUUGGAGAGAGCUUGCUACUCGGCAACGAGUUGAACGUGAUACGGCUGAAAGUCAACAGAAGAAGUUACGCUUCUUGAUAAGCAACCAAGCCACGUACAUCGACAUUUUGCGCGACGUCCUAACAAAACGCUGCACGGACCCAAUUGUUGUCCUUGGCCACCAGGAAACAGCCUCACCGUUCGCCAGAUACCUUCACGAGUUGAACACAAGGUACUACCUAUACACGGACGAAGUAUUCAAGGCUACAGACUUGUCCCAUUCUCAUGAUAUUGACCAGACGGUAGAGCUCGACGGUGGAGUGAAAUUCUUCUACCCGCGAUCCACACUAGUUCUGCCGUCGUCCGUGUCUGAAACCAGCAACACGUUGUGGAAGCUUGGUGAGCAUCUUUUCAGCGACAAGCAAAGCUACGUGCAGCACCACAACGUCGAGGACUCGAGUAAUACGUUCGUCGUGAGCUUCACCGACACAAAUGUGUUGGAAACUGGGGAUACGGUGCAGAUAUCCCACUGGUACGUAGCUAGACGGUUCAUCCAAGACAAACGCGUUGUGAUCGGCUGGAAACAUAUUUUCCAAGGGGAAGGCAUUUUGUGCGGCUUAAAAGAGGACGAGACAGGCUGGUGCCGAUUCUACUCUUCGGCCGACGUGAUGGAGCCUGGGACAGUGAUGGAGAUGCGUAUUCAUCGCGUGGUAGUGCAUAGCACAGAUCCGGCACCUCAAGAAUCGAUCUUACGCGCAUUCCAUAACUUCCUGAUAACAGAAACUCGAGAGGUCCUGGUCAACGUUGUUGCGACCCUGGAAAAUAUGCUGCUGGAAAAUGCAUUAGCGGACAUCUGCUAA